UUUUUUUUUUUAAUCCUCACCCCGCCCCUUCGAGUUUCGCCGUCACUCCCGAGUCUGACUAGUAGUCAGUGUCACAUUCUUUUCUCGGUUAACAUCUCGGACACACCUCAGCCGUCUCAGACAUGUCUGACUUCUCGGAAGAUCAAAUCCAAGAGUUCAAGGAGGCAUUCCUGCUGUUCGACAGAACAGGAGAGGGGAUGAUCUGUUACAGCCAGUGUGGGGAUGUCAUGCGCUCCCUGGGAAAGAACCCUGUCACUGCUGAUGUCCUCAAAGUCCUGGGCAACCCCAAACCUGAGGAGAUGAACACCAAGAUGCUGGACUUUGAGAGGUUCUUGCCCAUGCUUCAGACCAUUGCUAAAAAUAAAGAUCAGGGCUCCAUGGAAGACUUUGUCGAGGGACUUCGCGUCUUUGACAAGGAAGGCAAUGGCACAGUAAUGGGCGCAGAGUUGCGUCAUGUCCUCACCACACUAGGUGAGAAAAUGACAGAGGAAGAAGUGGAGACUCUCCUAGCGGGACACGAAGAUGCCAAUGGCUGCAUCAAUUAUGAAGCGUUUGUGCGCCACAUCAUGUCAGGCUGAGGGCCGGUACGGGCAUUGGGUAUACCACGAGAACUGGUCAGGAUGGUCAUGAACGGCUGAAGACAAAAGGAUCCUUUUUUUUUUUCCACCCCCCACCCACCCAUUUACUCUUUUACCCUGUCACGUGUCCUUUUUGCAGUUGGCUUUGUACAUCCCCACAAGCUCUUUCCCAUGGAUUUGAUUUGUCUCAAGAUGAUAUCCUAGCUACUUCGGCCCAUUCUAAUCAUAUACUGUACAUGACCACUGUGAAAGCGUUCAUUUAAGAGUCUGAAAUCUUGCAUUGACACAAUCCAGGAUUCAUAUAACCUGAGAAUUUUCACUGGUGAUGGUGUAAUACAUAUUGCUAAAAGGCUCUCAAUUUCGAAUGGGAUUUAAUAUUUAUACAAGCAUUCAUACACAGUAAUGGUUUGCUCUACUGUAAUAUUGGCAAAGACUGGCUCAAGAACACUGGCAUGGUUUGACAUUGCGGUAAACCACUAAGUCAAAUAAAAGCAAUAUCCAGAGCUGGAACACCUUCCAAAUGUUUCCCAUACUUUUAAAGUCGACCAUUUGAUUUGCAUUUGAAUAAAAGUCUCCUCAAAUACUA